AUGAGCGCGCGACGUUGGGCGACAUGGGCGGCAUAUUCGACAGGCGUGAUUAUUGGCGGGUGGGGUCUGAUGCGUGUGACUACGCCCAAUCCUGACCAAUUCUACGAUUCACUGGCACCUGACCAUAAACGUGCUGUUGAUGCAGCGCGUGCUCGAGGUGUGGGAGUCUCUCAAUCGACCGAGCCGCUCCGGAAACAGCAGUUGGACCCAGAGGCACCUAUCUGGGGGGACAAAACCCCACCCAAGCGGCCCUCCUAA